GACUGAUGCAUUUAAUAAUAGAAAUUGUUAUGAUUCUCUAUAUCGAGUGAAGUAAAGAGAUGAAAAUUGAUGGCAACCAAUGAUUAAUUUAGAUUAUGGUGUCGAUCGAACAUAUAUGACAAAUUGACAUCAAUCGAAAUUUAUUGGACAAGAUCUUUUAUCAUGUCUUCAUUUUGAAGUAGAAGAAUCUUGUUCAAAUACCGAUAUGAAGUAUUGGGGUCAUUUAAAUGAGGUCGAUAUUCUCGCUUAUCAGCGAAGAAUGUCUCUAGGCAAUGAUGAUGAAAAACUUGUUGAUCAAUAUUUGAAUGAUGAGGACGAUGGGGAAAUCUGGGUACCAUGUACAACAAAUUCUGUAUUAGGCUACCAUGAACAUUUAUUCAAACAAACAGAACAAAAGUCGGAUACUAGUCUCUUUCGAAUGUUAUCAGCGAAAGAUCAUUUCAUUAAAAAACAAUAUACUUGUCCUAUGGAUCAGUGUAACAUAGCUGAAGUUCGUGAUUUAAUUCACGUUUAUAAUCACCUCAUAUUCGAUUUCGAUACACAUCAAUUAGUUGUCGAACGUCUGCCAGAUGAAACACUAUGA